UAAGAAAGGCAUUCAUCUCACGCUCUAUGUCACAUAUAAUACUGAAAUGCGUUAAAUUAUAUUAUUGAUUUUACAGUUCCACCCUUUAAUUCGUUGCCUUCAUUUGAACCUUCAUUGUCAUUUAUUGUCUUUACUGUGUAUAUAUCGUCUUAUGAUAUAUAAGACGCACGCACUGUAGGCGUGUCAGUCGCGGCGUUGCAUGCGGCGGCUGAUGAUGAAAACGUGUCGCAUCUUUAGGACGAAAAAAAUCGCAAUCGUUCCUGUCAGACGUUUCGUUCUCCUGUACUCGACUGUGCUUCAUGUCUUCUACACCCACAGUUAAACUGCCCAGUGGUUUUACCGUGUUGGGAGAUGUCUGAUGUUAUAAUCAGCACCACAUCUAUGGAAGACAUACGACUUAGUCCCAGCAAAGACCAUCUCACCUUUCAGAUUUUUCCGGACCCCUCUGACUUUGAACGCUGCUGUAAGUUGAAAGAUCGACUCCCAUCCAUCGUGGUAGAAGCAACAGAGGGAGAUGUGGAGAGUGGGGAGCUCCGCUGGCCUCCAGAGGAGUUUCUUGUGAGCGAAGAAGAAGAAGAUGAGGAGCUGCAUGAUGAAGACGUGCAGAAUGUACAAAUACAGAACUCUCCACAUUAGAGAGCAUCGAACUGACUGUGUCUUUUACACAAACGCAUGCACAACAUAGACCUUUUUUCAGAUAGUAAAGUUUUUUAUGGGCAGAGUUUAGGUGGAGACUGAAAGACUGCUAACGGAUUAACGCUAGCUAGUUAAGUUUUGUAAGUUUGUAUGGUAACUCUUUACAAUAAGGUUGUAUUUGUUAAUAGUAAAAUGCAUAAGCUAACAUACAGUAACAAUAAGCAAUAUGGUUUUUCAAAAUGUAUUAAUCUUUGUCAAUGUUUGCUUAUGCCAACACAAUUAUUUAUGUUUGUUCAUGGUGCAUUACCGAAUUUAAAAAAAUACAACUUUGAGAAGUAAAUGCUGAAACUACACAAACUAAGGUUAAUAAAUGAAGUAGAAGUAUUGUUACAAAUACAACCUUACUGUAAAGUGUUACUGUCUUUAAACAAUGACUUUGUUUUAUCUGACAAGUACACACACUGUCCAGGACCGCAGAUGCUAUUUGAAAAUUGACAUUGGCACUAAAAUACACACACUAAUUCACAAAUGGGAUAGAUUAAAUUACACACACUUUUAACAUUACACACUGAAAUAAAAAUGCAUGGAUACACUUAACAGACACAUGUCUGGUCUUUUAUCCAGACCCAAACCAAAACAUAUGGGAUAGUUUUUUUUAAAACUCAUGCACUUCUUGCCUUCAGUGUUUCAAACCUGUGUGUGUGUGUGUGUGUGUGUGUGUGUGUGUGUGUGUGUGUGUGUGUGUGUGUGUGUGUGUGUGUGUGUGUGUGUGUGUGUGUGUGUAUCUUUUGUUUCAUGAUGUGAAAGGUUUCAAAUGUUUUGGAGGUAUCAUUUCAUUAUUCAGGUUCGGGUUAUUUGUACGCGAAUGGGGUAAAUUUCACUGUAUAGUUAGUUUUUGUCUUUACAGUCUCUCUUGACUGACACUGUGUUACAGAUGGAUGCAGGACAGAGGAACAUCUAUUGUUUCGAGUGUAUUACAUGUAGUACAGUCUGAACCAGCCCACAACACCACAGGCCUCUUUGUCUAUUGUCUAUUUUAUCUUCACAAUCUAAAUGUUAACAGGAAACAAGUCAUCUUUGGGUUAGUAAUGCAAGAUGAAGACACCAAAAGCAAAACUUAAUACUUUCCCAAUACGUCCGUUGUGAAUUGGAUGUUCACCCAUGCAAUGUGAUAUAUUGUGUUUCUCUGAAUGUAUCUCUCAGUGUUCAGGGUCUGUUACCUGUUUGUGCAGCAUUUGUACAUCUGACUGUUUAACGCUCAGGGAGGAAAGUGAACCUUUUUUCAGAUUUUGUACGCACACCACUUUUUCUCUGUGACUGUGAGAGUUUGUAAAUAAAAAUGAUUAUCCAAGUGUU